AUGUCUUCAACUUCGGCGGCUGCAUCAAAUGCAGCGCCAGCAAAACCAGAAGUAAGAUACGUCACAGAAGUGCCCAGCAGUCUGAAACAGUUGGCACGCCUCGUCGUCCGAGGCUUUUACUCGCAGGAGGACGCGCUCAUCAUAGACAUGCUUGUGCGGAAUCCCUGCAUGAAGGAAGACGACAUUGGCGAACUGCUGCGGUUCGAAAAGAAACAGCUGCGUGCGCGAAUCACGACACUACGCACCGACAAGUUCAUACAGAUACGCCUGAAAAUGGAAACUGGGCCGGAUGGCAAGGCCCAGAAGGUCAACUACUACUUCAUCAACUAUAAGACGUUCGUAAACGUAGUCAAGUACAAGUUGGACUUGAUGCGCAAGCGAAUGGAAACCGAGGAGCGGGAUGCGACCAGUCGCGCCAGUUUUAAGUGCUCCACGUGCUCCAAAACAUUCACAGAUCUCGAGGCAGACCAGCUCUUUGACAUGGCCACAUGUGAGUUCCGGUGUACAUAUUGUGGCAGCUCCGUGGAAGAGGACAGUGCGGCCAUGCCAAAGAAGGAUUCACGCCUGAUGCUGGCACACUUUAACGAGCAGCUGCAACCGCUUUACGAUCUGCUACGCGAGGUGGAGGGCAUUAAGCUGGCACCGGAAGUGCUCGAACCGGAGCCCGUGGACAUAGACACGAUUCGCGGCAUUACUAAGCCGAACGCCCAGCGUCCCGACAGUCUGCAAUGGUCGGGCGAGGCGACGCGCAACCAAGGCUUUGCCGUCGAGGAGACACGAGUGGACGUCACCAUCGGCGGCGAUGACAGCAGCGAAGCUGUCGUCGAGCGGAAGUCACGGCCCAUAUGGAUGACGGAGAGCACUGUGAUAACGGAUGGAGAUGCAACCGAUGGCAGCGCUCACGCUGACGCCGCUCAGUCGUCGAGCACAUCUGGGCCUCGCAAUAAGAAGGAGAAUGAGGACAUCAUGUCGGUGCUGCUGCAGCACGAGAAGCAACCUGGGCAACGAGAGGCGCAUAUGAAGGGGAUGCGGAAAGGCUCCUCAAAUGCCAAUUCAAGUGAUUCCAGCGACGAUGAGAAUGAUAUUGACAACACCAAGAUACCGAAUGUCGACUUUGACAAUUAUAUCAACUCGGAGUCAGAGGAAGAGGAUGACGAUGUGCCCACGGUCCUGGUGGCGGGACGUCCACAUCCGUUGGAUCAGCUGGACGACAAACUCAUUGCACAGAUGACACCGCAAGAAAAGGAGAACUAUAUACAUGUUUAUCAGCAGCACUAUAGCCAUAUAUACGACUGAUCCUACGAUCCUGCUCCCAAUUAGGCAUUAGGUUUAUAGAGUCAAUAUUAGCUUAAGAGUAUUAAAUUGUCGACGCAUGACGUCCAGAAACAAA